GUCCCUGUCGAAUCUGGUUCUUUGUGCUCCACAAGCCGACCGCUGCUUUCUAAAUCCCACAUCAUUUCUUUGGGCCCGCUAUCGUGCCCCCACCCGGUACCCCUCGUCCUCAGCGCUUCUUCUCUCUUCUUUUCUCUUCUCAGCUGUUAAUAUACGCUGUCCUCCUCCUCGUGCAUCACUGUCGCUCUGAAAGACUGCUGAGCGAACAAAGGCUGUUAGAUGUUCGAACCGGCGCUGAUAAGCCUCUGCGACAAGUGAAACGUGAUCGACUUCCACCCCCGGACGAGCUACUCUGGACUGGACUAAUCUUAUCCUUGGUUCCGAAGUGCUUGGAGAUGCCUUCAUUCACUGAGCAUGAGCUUCAAGGCCACUAUCUAGGUGUCGAGACUAGGCUGCCCUCCGCCCAGAACCCCAGUCAGGACUCUGCAGCGACUUCCGAAGCAAAUACCACCAGACAGCGUCGCGUGUCUGUUAGUAAGGUCACCGUACGCCAGAGUUUUCACUAUCCGACUUCCGCAGGCGCUUUGAACCACCAAGUACCCAAUGCGAACGAAUCGGUAACGAAAGAAGACAUUGACCGCUGGCUCAAGCAGAGUGAGGAGGAAUCGCGCCAUAACCUCUUCAGUCAGGUGUACGAAUGGCUCUCGCGCGAAAAGUCCAAACGCAAGCAUUCGAAUAAGUCCAACGGAUCGACAAACGGCUCCGGUAAUGGCUUUGACGGCGAGGGUGAUGCACAUGGUGAUGGCGCCCAGUUGACGAGGACUGUGUCGCAGGGCUCUGACACUACCCUCGCACUCGACGCCCUGGAAAAGAUUCUGCUGCAAUACGCUUCUAGAUAUGAUUCCCGAACUAUGUCUACUUGUUCCUCACGUCGAUCCACGCGCCGGCGUCAUCCGAUUAAAGGCUUACGGAGAGGCUCUGUUUCCGAGUCGGAUUAUGAACUCGACCCGAUCACUCCUGCCGUGGACGCAGUUCUGGACAACUCGAGGACGUUAUCUUAUACUGGUGGUGGUGUAGAAAGUGAAGACGGCGAUGCUGCUAGCAUUACGCGAGCUAAAGACCGAGAAGCCUGGGUUGUCUUCAAGAGCGAACUUCUCCGCUUGACCCAUACGCUGCAGUUGAAGGGUUGGCGAAAGAUCCCAAUGGAGCUGGCAAGUGAAAUUGACGUGGUUAGGCUCAGCGGUGCAUUAACAAACGCUGUUUACAAAAUCACCCCUCCCCAGAACAUUCCGCCCCCCAAAGCCGAAGAUGGAUCUUAUACGCUGGUACCUAGGAGACCUCCUCCGAAACUUUUGUUACGUAUCUAUGGCCCACAAGUGGACCAUCUUAUUGAUCGAGAGAAGGAGCUACAGAUUCUUCGACGCCUGGGACGGAAGAACAUUGGGCCCAAGGUGCUAGGAACGUUCAACAAUGGCCGGUUUGAGGAGUACUUUGAAGCGCGGCCCCUAACGCCGAAGGAGCUCCGGGACCCGUCGACGAUGAAGCAGAUCGCCAAACGCAUGCGCGAGUUGCACGACGGUAUUGACCUGCUGGAUGAAGAGAGAGAGAAUGGCCCAAUGGUGUUUCACAACUGGGACAAGUGGGUUGAUCGGUGCGAGCAGGUGAUUAGCUGGGUGGAUGCGGAAAUCAAAUCGCCGCUGAACGAAGGCAAAGCUGCGUCCGAGCCCUGGCGUAGACGUGGAUAUGUCUGCGGUGUACCUUGGCCCAAAUUCCGCAAGGCCGUGGAGGACUACCGUAAAUGGCUUAUUGUGGACAGUGGUGGCGUACAUGAGAUCAAACGACAGCUUGUGUUUGGCCAUAACGACACACAGUAUGGCAACUUGCUGCGUAUGGAGCCUAGCCAGCAGUCUCCCCUUCUCCUCCCGCAGAACGAGCAUAAACAAUUGGUCGUCAUCGACUUUGAGUAUGCCUCAGCGAAUACUCCCGGUUUAGAGUUCGCCAACCAUUUUACUGAGUGGUGCUACAACUACCACGAUGCCGAGAAGCCGUGGGCAUGCAAUAACCAGCUGUACCCGACACCAGAGCAACAGCACCAAUUCGUCACCGCAUACCUGACACACAGGCCAGGGCUAGGCAGCCGCGUCUCCCCUUCGAUAACACCCAUAAUGCGCCCCCUUUCCGCAAGCACGCCCACAAUGACACCGCUGGACCUCAACGCAACCAGCCCCGACCUUGCACCCCAGCGGCCGCCAGAUAACAUCGAGCGCAGUGCACAGGACACUCUAGAAGCGGAGACCCAGUUCCUCAUCCGCCAAACACGACUUUGGCGCGUUCUCAACUCAGCGCAGUGGGUGGCUUGGGGUAUCGUUCAGGCCAAGGUCCCCGGAAUGGAAGACGACGGAAGCUCGACUCCUACGCCGCCAGUAGACAGCGAUGUCGACGAGUCAGAUGAGUUUGAUUAUCUCGCGUACGCGCAGGACCGAGCUUUCUUCUUCUGGGCGGAUCUAGUCGCUCUAGGAUUUGUGCAGAAGGAACAGCUUCCAGAGUCGUUGGCUGAGGUUGUUGACGGGAGGAUACUUGAGUACUAA